GCGAGGGAUGGUUUGAGUGGAGUUUUGGCGAUCUCCUUUUUGCUCCUUGUUGAGAUAUUACAUUUACAUAUCUUCAUUCCGUCUGGCUCUGCCUCUGACUGAUUUCGGGAAGAUUCUUGUAGUCUUUCCAGCACAGCUUGCAGCUAUAAGAUCCCGACCAUCUUCGUCUUCCUCUUCUCGAAAAUGGCGGAAAAUCAGCUCCCCUUUCUCCGCAUCACCGUGAUCGGGCUGGGGAACAGCGGGAAGACGUCUCUGAUCAACAGUUACGUGAACAAGCACUGCCCAACGGUGUACCAAGAAACCUCGGACCCGGUUUUGUACUACAAAACCAUGUAUGGAUUGCGAAUAUGUCUGGGUCUGCAAACUUGUGAUGCAGGGAAGGGACUAGUGUUGAGCACACUGGUAUGCGAGUCCGAGCAUGACAAGUUUAUUUUCCGUGGUUCAGAGUUGCGUGUUUCGCAUGAGAACAACUGCGUUUUUGCAUGACAGAUAAAAGGACCUUUUUGCGGGCACGCAGUUCAGUGUUCAGAGUUAUGCCAGACUAGCAUGACAAACCUCAGCAAUCUUCCAGACCCAGACAUAUUUGCAUUGGAUACCAUGAAACUGCAGUCCGAGGACGACGAGGACAGCAAAAGCGCGUUCCGAGCCUUACUCGAGUAUGACGGUGGACGACCACUAUAUCUCCCGUUUUUUCAUUGAUAAAGCGAUGGAAGCGACUGAAAAAAUCUAAAUCUAUACAGCGCGUGCCUUUGCAUAGACCAAGAACGCAGUGUCGGACUGUGAUUUGCAUGACAGAUGUAGUUUUUUUGCCUUUCCGAAACUUGUCGUGCAGAUUAUCACACGGCUGAAAAUUAGAAACGCAAGCAUAUUGCUUGCCGUGUUCCAUGCUUACAGAUGUAGUGAGGCGGAGCGAUGGUGGACGUCUUGUCCACUUUCAUAUCAAGAUCGAGGACACCUACAGCUCCUUUCGCGGGGACGGCAAAAGUUACGGGGUGCCGCUAUGGAGUUCUCAACUGUUACAUUCUCAACUGUUACACGAAUUUGUGAUGCAAGAAGAGCGAAAGCGAAAGGGAGGACCUUGCAACUCUAACAUCACAAGUUUGGCACAAAUUUCCAUGCUGUUUAGCCCUUCGGAGAUUUGUCAUGCGCAGCCGCUUGGUCGUGUGGUUGCUUAUCGCAAUUUUGCAUGACAAGUCAGGCUAAAGACGGUACGGGCAGAAGUGGAUCGGUUUAAACGCGCGCUAGUCUGUAGUGUUAGUUAAGGUAAAUUAUACUUAGUUUAGCUUGGGUUAGAUAGUUUAUUUCCCGUUUUGGGGUUUGUAAUGUAGUUGCUCCGCCCUUGGUUGUUCGGGCUUGUUCCGGCCUUUUGCAUGAUCUGAUGCUGUAUCGGUCGGUGGUGUACGCGGUUCCAUCUCUGCUCCCUCGGUUGCGGACGUUUUUGCAUUUGUCCGCUGCGACAGUUCGCCUUGUUGCGGCUGCUCGCCAGGAAAACAACUACAUUACAUCUUGCCUCACUUUUUUAAGAUGGGUUUUUUCGUAGUUGGGACUGUGCCAUAGUAGAUGACUUUACCGCUUUUUUACUUUUCUUUUAUCCCUCAGCGCUGGUGGGUCUGCCGGCAAAGUUAUCCCUACUCAGAUAGCUACAAAGCUCAUCCCGCGGCCGUCCCAGGAGCUCUUGUGACUGUCUCUCGGUAGAGAUCGCUUUGCCCGUGCUUAUUCCACUCAGAGUUUGCUGGGUAGGUGGCUACCGUUUUAAGUUUAUAAACGAAUGGGACGCCCUGCCCUUAGCCUUCCAACAUGACAAAUCAUGUAACAGUGGAGAAGGUAACAUUUGAGAACGCCAUAGCCGCGGGAUAUCAAGUUGUUUCUGGACAUGACGAGGGAAGAAGAUUCCAAGUUAAAACAGCAACUAAACCUGGUGAACAUCGCGAAAAGUAUAUUUUAUGACUUUUUAUCCCACUCUUCAGCAAUUUGGUCGCAGGAUUUCGCACGAGAAAUGGAUGAACACAGUUGAAGUUCUUGAGUCGGAGUGGUACACUGCUGCUGAGUGGUCAAGCUGCUGUUAUCACGCCGAAGGAACAGAAUCACGUUGCCCUUGCCAUCUGAUGACUUCAAAAGAAGAAAAAAAUCGCAUGAAAUUUCACAAACAUUCAAAUUUAAAUCACAGAGGGCACCACGCGGCCCUUCGCGUCCUACAUCUGCCCCCGCGCGGACCAGUACCGACCGCUGACGAAAGGCAGGAUGGGAUUUUUGAUCGUGUUCGACGCGAAUGAGGUAUGGGAGUGGAUACAGAUCUUUUCUCGUCACCGUGGUUCUCUCCGUCAUUUCUAUAUUCAAGAAAGUGCCCAAUGAUUUUCCUAACCUAUUAACCCGAACAAGCUCCUGCUUAUGGUACUUAGUUUUGGCUGUGCUUGAUGCUUGCAGCACAAGUUCCUGAAGACGUUCGGGUCGGGGCAUGAAGUUGUCAGGCAGAUGAAGCUGCCGCAGUUUGCAGUUGGUUGCUUUUUCUAGACGUGCUGGUCAACUACAUCACGAAAUGAGGAGAUGAUCAUGAUGGGGACGAGUUCUACUUGCUCCUAUCUUCAUACGAGACAAAGUCGUACGAAGAAGCGUUGAACCUGCACUCCUUGCUCUUGGACGACUUAAAAAGGAAGAAGAUAAAGCUGGAGCCGGUGGUCUACCUGGUCGCGAACAAAAUCGACAAGGACCCGCACGUAUCCGUUGCAAAAGUACUAUUUACGGCACAUCUACUACUACUUCACGUCGUACAGGUCGCGUUUUCAUUUGAUAAAGAAAAAUUUAUACAUUGGAUUUCGCGCGACGAGGACAGUCAUGUUGAAUAUGGAUGAAAUCUGAUGAAGCCGAUGCUUUUGCAAGGGAUAUGAGUCGGAUACGUUUUGCCAGAUCAUCGCGAGCGCCGAGCUCUGUAUCCCUCAGAAAACUACCGGGACUAGCAUUUUUCCGUUGCGUUUCGUCUCAACAUGCGAGGAAAAAAACUUCCGACAACUCAGUUUGUAUAAUGCUAUCUUCUGUGUCUGUCACGCAGCAUGACAGAACGUUGUUUAACAAUAUCAUGCAAGGACGUCCUAGAAGCUGAAGCAGUACUUAGACCACACAAGCAUAGUGUCUCUUUUUGUUGAUGACACUAUCUUCUUUAGACGAGCUGUACUGGUGGUUUUCAGUCUGAUACUGGACUCGAAGGAAAAAAUGAUCAGGUUUUGGCAGGUACAAAAACGAUUUUCUCAACCAGUGCCUUUUGUGAUGCACCAAACGACGAGAUGAGGAAAAUGAAAAUGUCGAUGUAGAUCUAGAUUUCCAUUUCGCAUUGUUCAAACAAGCUGCAACACCAAUCCCACGACAAUAAAUAUGUUGCCACACCACCAGGUAUCUUCCAUGGAGUUUGUUCGCGUCAAGAAGAUGUUCCGGGAAAUGGUUUCCAAAAUACGGCUAUGCACUGCAAAUAACAAUGUCUAGUAGUUCUCGGGCUGGUGAUGUCAUGGAGUUGUUGUACUAAUCAAUAACAAUAAGUAUCUCGUCCGGGAGGUGCAGGUGGAAGCGUUGCUCUUGCUCAUCCAGCGAAGCAUGCUUGCAUCUGGCUCGUUCUCAGGAACAAGCAAUCCUCGUUUUGCAUGUGUAGUUCUUCCCAAAAAUCGCAGCAGUUCAUCAUAACUGCGCGCCAUCAGUACCGGGUAACAAGUCAUCAUAUUUGUGUCAGUGUCAACCAUGAUCCAGCGAUUGAGUUUGAGAUAUUAGUAUUUGCAGGUGAUAACUAAGUAACCAAAUCCUGUGGCUAGUCGACGACGGUCCUGCAGUAUGCUGGUGGGCAACUCCUGGCCUUUUUUCCCUCACUGGAAGUGCAUCCGCAGCGUUGGAAACAGCUUGCAACAUGCAGCUUCUGCAUGAACAAUCCCUUCGGCUUCCUUGCGGAACUUGUGAUGCAAAUCCUGGAAAAGCAUAUCCCUGUCGUUUUCGACCAGGAUUAUAGGAAUUGGCAUUCAGCAUAGCAAGUUAGGGAUGAAAGAACGAAAGCGAGUCGUCCACUCUCAUAUACAGCGGCCGGGAACGACGAAGAGACCGGCGAGGGCGGGGAUGGGAAGUGCAGCGUGCAAUAAAAAAAUAAAAAAGAGUGACGCCUCACUGAGCAACGCAGGUCCUCGCGCCCGCAUCGGCGUCGCAAGACAAGCUUAUUUGGGAGGUCGAACCGCGCAAAGGAGAUGAGGGUCUCGCAGUUCGGAGGAGAAUUAUUGCGAAGGACAACUGGCGUAACCCGCUGCAGGUGAAGACGAGGACUCGAAGGCAGCGCUGUGCGGAUCUACGGGGCCGGCAGGCCGUCGUGACUGUUGCGACGCGUCGAGAUUGUGGUAGAUGUCUUUAACAAGUCAACCUCAACUGCGAGCUCCUGACGGCGGGGAUGUAUCUAGUAGUUGCGAGCUGAGGGCCAACAAAACAAAUGUCGCGGAAAGCCACUUUGCUUGCUAUGUCAACAUCAGUCUCUGGAACUAGUAGAUUUUGAUAUUGCUCCUAUAAUAUUUAUUAUGCUAUCGGAGCAUGACGAGCAAUUUUAGAUUUUCUUUUCCCUUUUCACCUGACAUACUGCAAGAAGUCGUACUGUACUUGAGCUGCAGUUUCAGUUUGGUUCGCACAAACUCUUUUCCGCCGUGUAUCAAAUGGUAGCUGUACUGGUUUCGCUUUGAUGAAAAUAUCUGGAGAUGCUGCCGACUCUUUGAGGUGCAAGUCGUUCCCGCUUUUUGCACAUAUAGACUUUUGCUGGAAAUGAAGCGAAGGUAGGACUUCAAAGAUGGGCCCUGUUCAUUUUUAUCCGAAGAUUGCAGUAGAAACAGGAGCUGCGACAUCAUGGUGUGAGAUCUCGCAGCCGGCACGAGGACAGAGAAAAAGGACGACUACAUAGUUGCAUUGGUUGCACGAAAAGAACGUACAUCUUUUCGCAGCCGCGUGUGAAUGCAGGUUGGCUUCCUUC